GUGAAAGCAGUGUUAGCACUGCCCCUCGCGGCUAGCUCCGCCCACGUCAACUUCAUGGAGUCUCUUUGGCAUCUUCGUCUGGGUUAUGCAAUAUGAGGAUUGAACAUUCUAUUUUAUUCACUGACACCUCCAGUGGAGUUAUGAAUCAAGCAGAUUUUAAUAUCCCAUUGUUUUGAUGCUGACAUGGGCCUUAAGUCGCAAUCGUUGUGCAGUGCUGUGCCAUGAAUGUUGUGGGUUACUUGAACUAGCAUUCGAUGUCAUUUCAUCCACCAGUACGACCGGAAGUCAAGCCUAAACCACCGAAGCACUGGUAUGAAGAGCUCGUGGAAAAUGACGAAAUCCUCCUAUACUUCACUGCCAGCCUUGGUGUCUUACUCCCUGGUCUUGUCUAUGUAAUUUAUCAUAAAGUACAUAAUAUUUAUAUGAAUUAUGCCGAGAAAAAGGAGCAGGAACGAUUAGCAGAUGAGAUAGCUCGUUCUGAAGUCGCUAUUGUUUCAUUAUGCAAUUCAGAGGGAGUCGGGCAACGGUUUCUCACCCAUUUAGAAAAUGUUUUGAAAGCUGAACUCGUGAAUCCGCCGAGGAUAUGGUACGCAGAAAAGCUGAAAACAAAGGAUUUCGCUGCUUUCAAGGGUUUUUGCAUAUUCAUAGUCGACACGGUACAAGGUGCACCACCACCCACUUGUGAAUGGUUUCUGGAGUGGCUGGAAGAUGUAGCCGCAGAUGCCAAACAACGAAAGAAAGCAAACUUUGAUGCUAUAAAGUUCGUUGUCAUUGGAUUUGGUCCCAAUACAGAUGGUGAAGCGAAUUUCAACAGGGCAUCUCGUACGGUUCUAAGGCGGAUGAAGAUUCUUGGAUCUAAGCAAAUUAUGAAUGUUGUACUGUUUGACACAGAGGAAGAAGAAUCAGAAUUGAAUGCGCGUUAUUCGGAUGUUUGCAAUAAUCUCCUACAAGCUAUCGAUAAAAAUUUACCGGGAGCUGAGGAAUCUGAAACGUCUAGCGUCAGCGGAUCGUCCGAAGAUGAGAUGGACGAUGAGGAAACCGUACAUGACAAGAAGACGCUGUAA